AUGCUUAGACAUCAUAGUUCAACUCCUAUACAUGAAUAUGGAACUGGUGAGGUUAAAAGAAACAACAAGCGUUAUCCACACUAUCUUAACUUUUACGAUAUCCCGCCAACGGACAAUAUUAGUAUAGAGGAAUUUGAGAAAUUUGCUUUGGACAGAUUACAAGUCUUGAAAGCUCUGGAAGCAGCAACAUUACGCCGCAAACCAGAAAAUGAAGUUAAAGAGCAUCUCCAAGAACUUUCUAAGCAGUAUCUUCCUAUGCAUUCUAACGAUUCCGAACGAGCUUAUCCGCUUGAAGAAGAGAGACGCAAGGAUCACGUGUCCCAUUUUAUAUUGCGAUUGGCUUAUUGUAGGAGUGAAGAAUUACGAUCAUGGUUUCUUAGAUACGAAUACAUACUGUUCAAGUUGAGAUAUCUAACAGUAGCGGUUAAGGAAAGACAAGAGUUUUUGAGCCAUCAAAAUUUGACGUGGAAAACCUUAAGUCGAUCGGAUAGAGAAGUGAUGAAGGCAGACCUACAAGCUGUGUCUCCGCAUAUUAAUGUCGAUACAGAGACAUUCUUUGAGGUUGAGUUUGAAAAAGUGCUCGACAUGGUAGCACGUCGUUCUGUUUAUUUACGUGGAGGCACAGCAUAUGUACCCAUGUCUGAUCAAGCAACACUUGUUAUGGAUGAAUUCAAAAAUAGAUUGGCAAAAGCCCUCGAGAUCACCGCGAAAGAGUUCCCUAAACUUGACGAGGAUGACAGGAUUAUGCCAAUACUUAAUAAUGUUAAUAGAUAUUAUUUAGGAAAUAGCUUUGCCAACUCCACAAAAGUUACUGGAAAUAUAACUGCGUUUGACGUAGAUAAGCUCGUUGAACACUUCCCGCUAUGCAUGAGACAUCUACAUCGAAAGUUACGCGACGAUAAACAUCUGAAGCAUUACGGUAGAAUGCAAUAUAAUCUUUUUCUCAAGGGAAUUGGUCUUCCUUUGGAGGAAGCACUUGUAUUUUGGCGAAAGUCGUUCUCAAAGUAUACUGAUGAACAAUUUCAAAAGAAUUAUGCCUAUAAUGUAAGACAUAACUAUGGCAUGGAAGGAAAGCGUGUCAACUAUACUCCAUACAACAAAAUUAUUAAUAAUAACCAACCAGGACCGGGGGAACACCACGGAUGUCCUUUUCGGCAUUUUUCAGAAGAAAGCCUACGUGUAACUUUUGCAAGUGUAGGAGUGAGAAAUGAAGCUUAUGUUAGGGAGAUUAUUAAUCUAGUAAGAAACAAGCAUUACCAAGUUGCUUGUACGCGAUAUUACGAAAUAACAAGAGGUGGCGAGCGAGGAAUGAUGGAUACAAUUGAACAUCCAAAUCAUUUCUUUGAACAGAGUUAUAAACUCAGCAUCAAGCAAG